AUGAAGUUUUUAGCAUCCUUUAUUUUAAGUGACGAAUCUAAGGAACGUUUUACUAAGAUAUUCAAUUUAACACAUACAGUAGCUCACUAUGGUUGGAUUCCAUUCAUUUUAUAUUUAGGAUGGUCACAUUCUAGUAAUAGACCAAACCUAUUGAACCUUUUGUCUCCAUUACCAAGUGUGUGA